AUGUCUCAAGCAAAUAAAAAAUCUGGAGGUAGACCACCUGCAAGUCUUUGGGAUGUUCAUAUUAAAAAAGGAAAUGAAGUUUCUAAAGGACAUUAUCAAGGGACUUGCAAUUAUUGUUCUUAUUCUCAGCAUAAAGGAUCUCCUCAAGAUUUUGAAGAACAUUUGGCUAACAAUUGUCCUAAUGUUCCAAGAUAUAAUCCACCCUCUUCUGAAGUUCUUUCAGGACGUAUUUUUUCUCAAGAAGUAUCAUCAAUUAAUAUAAAAAUUAUUCAAAAGUUAAAUUAUUCUAAAAAUUUAACUUUAGAAAUGAAUAAAUCAGAUAUUGCAAAAAAAGAAUUAUUAUAUCAAAUGAAAUUAUAUCGUAUAAGAGAAGAACCAUUUGAUAUUUCAUAUAGUGAUUCAGAAAAUCCAAGUGUUUGGUGGUUUUCACUUGAAGAUUGUUUUCCAAAAAAUGAAGAUUAUUUAGUGCAAUUAGCUUUAAAAUUAUUUUCUGUUAUCCCACAUACUGCUGGAGUUGAACAUGUAUGGUCUAGAUUAGGUUGGAUAUAUGGAACUAGACGGAAUAGAUUAGGAUUACAUAAAAUUGAAAAUAUGCAAAAACUUGCAUCUUAUUAUAAUUCACAUGCUAAACAAGAAUUACCAUAUUAUAGUAUUGAAAAAACAAAUAAUGAGGUUUAUGAAAUUUUAAUGAAUGAAAAUUUAGAUGUAGACAAAAAUUUUAUUGAAAUUACUAAAGAUAGUUUAAAUGAUGAAAAUAAUGAAACUGAAAUAUUUGAUGAAGAAGAUAAUUUAUUAAUUAGUAAUGUUUUGGAUUUAAAUAAGUUUUGUAGUGAUUUAGAUGAAUUAGAAUUUAGUAUAGAUGAAGAAUAUAAUGUUGAAGAAAAUUAUAGUGAAGUAGAAGCUAUUUCAAAUCUAACUCAAGAGGCUCAAGAAAAUGUUAAUUGGGAUCCAGUUGCUGAAAUAGAUAAAAUAGUUGAAGAUUUAUAA